AGGUAAAUUGAUUGGGUGCUAUUACCUCUUUUCCCUGGAGAGAUUUCUUUGGAUUAUAAUUGGUGUGAAUGGUGGACAUGCGCUUGCAAACCAGUGACUAUGAAGUGUACCUCCUCUCUUUCCCCCAAUUAUAGAAUUUAUUUUUCGUUGUUGCUUCUAUUUGUCAUCAGCCUCCUUGCUUGUAUUUCCCCAUCUUACCUUAUUUCACCCACUUUUAUUAUUGUUGGAUAAUUCGCCAGCUCCCCUCUAAUGUACUAGUUUGAGUACAGUUGAGAAUGUGGAGUUUAACUCUAGAGAAUCCUUGCUUUCACUUGGCAGGGGAUUCAAUUUGUUGCCAAGGUUAGAGGCAGGGGUAGAACUGAGUCGUUUUAGUUGAAGGCAAUAGGAAAUGAUUUAAAAGAGCAGACGAGAACAUUCUGCAUUAAUCCUUUUGUCUUGUCUUGUUUGAACAGUAAUUAUGUCAGUAGAUGAUACACUGGAUUCUUAGAGAGAUCAAAGCCACAUCACGUGGCUUACACAAAGACCUUGGAAUCUUCGGUUACUCUUUCUUUUCUUUAUUUAAUACUAAUACUGCGUCUUUUUUCCCUUUUAUGUGUUUUGUUUAUUUGUAAACCUUUUGUACCCUGUGUUCCUUUCCAUAUCUUUUUCAUUUCUAAUAUGUACUUCUUACAUUUUUCUUGUAUGUUCCCACUUUUUCUUUUUGCACCAUAACUAACACAAGCCUUAUGAAUGAAGAAGCAAACCUGUGUGCACUUGUUUCUAGUGUUUUUUUUUUCUUUGACCCAAAAUGGAGAUGGGAAGAUAAAUAAGAUAUGGAGGUCGUAAUAUCUUUUAAUAUACUCAUCUCCAGUAUUGUACCUCUUUUCUCAUAAGUAAACAUGGUUUCUGGGACUCCAAAUAUUUUGGAAUUAAGGCUAAGAUAUUGUUGUUAUUGUUGUUGCUGCUAUGUCCUUGAGCAUUACCUGGAAAUAAUUGUCUAAGAGGCUUAAAAUAAUUGUCUAGUGUCUCCCAUGGAAUAUAGUGUUUAUCUUGAUGUGUCCCAUAAAUAUUGAAUUGUGUAUUUUCCCACAUCAAAAAAAUGUGUCGUAUAUUAUUUUUGGGUAUAUCAAACCCGAAUAUGCAAACGCUCCCCACCUAUUCAUGGGUAGGGGAAGUGAGUCUUUAAAUUCAUCAAAGAGGUUGUGUCUUUAUUUUUUGGGCCCUUGAACUCUACCUUUUGAGGGUGGUGCCUAUAUUUUCCCCAAGCAAGUACUAGGAACCAUUUUUAUAAAUACCCCAUUUGUCUCAAUCUUUUGCUUUUGUUGUUUCGUUGUAGGGUUCUUCAUUUCUUCCAUUCUUCAAUUUGAUUGCUGAUGGAAAAAUUGAUUUUGAAAAGUAUCCUUUAGUGGGGGAGUACGAUGUUGCUUAUAUGCUUGGGAGAUUUUGGAUCGAGGCCUCAUGCACAAUGCCAUUUCAUAACCAAUACCCGGUCAACAAUUGUAUGAUGAAGGAGAAGGUGAAGGUUUACUCUGAUAUAGCAGAUACAAUCGGCCGUGCCAUGGAAAAUAAGUCGAUACCGGUGGUUGAUUUUAGAAAAUUACUUCCCAACGUUCUGGAUGGUGGCACUAUUACCACACAGGAAAUGUGCCUUAUCGAUAUUUCAGACAAAAUUGUCACCGACGCGCUCCAUGAAAUCGAAGCAAAGGAGCUGUCUGAAUUCUUUUGUAACUAUGCAAUUGAGUCGUCCAAAGAAGAUCUUCUUUCUCUUGUAAAGAGACUUGUUUGGGAUGAGGUUAUCAGCAAAAGACGCUUGUUUAUGGCCGGUAUACACUGGGUCAUUCAACCAUUUAUGCAUUUGCUUAUUGCUUUUGAUUGCUAUUCGUCGGAAGAAGUGGAAUGUCUGAUCAAACUAGCUGAAUGUUGCCGUAAAGCCGAAAGUGCCCGUUUUAUAAGAAGAGAGCACUUUGUUUGGGCAUUUCAGGAAAAAAAAAUUGUUCUUCCUUCGUGGAUGAAGCUCGAGGAAGGAUCAAGCAAAGCUGAUGGAGCCAAUCCUCCUUAUCACAUAUAUGCAACUUCUAUCAUGUUGGCAAAGUAUCUAGGGGAUAAGUGUGUUGAAGUAGAACAUUUGGCUUAUGCAUCCAUUUUCGGGAAGCAUAUGGAAUUCGAAUCGGAACAGUUGAAGUUAUUGGCCAAACAUUAUAAGGAAAUUUGCAGCAAGGGCUUUGAAAGAGCAGAUAAUGCAUGUCCUUUGUAAUCAAUUCCCUCUUUCUCUUGCAAGUUGCAAAUGUACGAAGUGUCUACGAAGAUUCAACUUGUCAACCAUUUCUGAAAGUUUAGCUUCAUCUAUUUAGGUUAGUUUGAAGAUAUUUAUCAGGAGUAAAAGUUAAUACUCAAAGGCAUGUUGUAUUGUAUAUUUUACGGAGUUGUCAAGUUAAACAUAAACAACUAGCUUGAAGACAUUUAUCAUAAGUUGAUAAUGUGGGAAUGGUAACGGAACUUGGAUGUAUUUUGAAUGAAAGGGUACAAAGUGG